UGAAGCGUGAUCAUUCAGUCAGUCGGUCCGCUGUGGGAGAGACCGGGUUGGGUAAGGGAAGAGACAGUCUGUGCUUCUUCAAGGUUGGCAUCAGGUGAAUAAUCAAGGCAUUUUAGGGUCCUCACUGUGGAUAUCAUGCCAUCAAGCGCACUGCACUUUUAACAAGUGACCAAAACGGCUCUUUGUUCUUUUGGUAGUAUUUUGGAGAAGAAGUGGAAGACAUGUGAGACUCCAUCCGAACUGACAACUUUAAAGGCCUGCUGUAGUGACAAAAGAAUGAAACAAAACAUUUGAUGGAUCCAGCACUUCUGUGGAGCUUUUGAUACUGAGGCUUUGGCUGAUACAACAUGAGCAGGCAAAGAGGGAUACGAGCUGCUGAAGACAACCAAGAAGAAGAAAUAAAGGACAAUGAUACGCAGACUUUUCUAGAAAUAGGGGGAGAUGCCAAUGCUAACCAAAUAUCUAAGGAAGAAAUUUAUUCAAAUGGCAGAGAGCAUACCCAGGAGAGGAUCAUCAUCUGGGGAACACAUUCUCGGAGUGAGGACCCCGAGCUGGAAGAGUUUGAACUUCUGGAGGGUCAAGAAACACUCACUCCGGAUAAAGAAUGUGGGGUUCAGAGUGAGAAGAACAAGAUGGUAUCAAAGAACUAUUGUGACAGAACGUCGACAUCUUCAACCAUAAGCUCUUCUGUUAGAUCCGCUUGGAAAGACCACAAUGAGAAUCAUAGUGCGGACGGAGGUGCAAAUGAAAACAGUCAACCUCUUGACCUCAGGACCUCAAGCUCUCGUUCUGGGGGAUAUAGGACCCUGAGAGAGACGAGGAGUGGUUCUGAAAGCAAUGUGUUUUCAUCUUCUCUUUCUGUAGUUACUAGCCUCAGUGGAAGUUUAGCCAGCGCUCUGGAUAGUGCAGGUCGCACACAACCUCUCUCUUCCCAGCUUACCAAGUCUACCUCAGUCAAAGGCAAGAACCAGCAACCAGCCACUACUGAGUCCUACAUCCACUCAGACAGAAACAAGGAGCUUCCCAGGGAUUUGGACCAAAACCACAACUCUACCACACUGCCUCAGGAACCACAAUGUGACAGAAGUAAGCUAAUCACUCCAAGUGUGGGGUAUCCUUCACAUGGAGGUAUGAAAGUACAAAAACUCACUAUGAAUGCAGAUCAGAACCAGGGGAAAAGGACUUCAUCCGAAUUGACGAAAGGUAUGGUGAGAGUGCUACCUUCUUGUAGGCAACUAGUCCGUCCUCUUACUACUGAUACAGAAAAAUCGGAAACCUCAGGAUUUGUCACCACAGACAUCCAGGGAGGGCAUCAGCCUUCAAACACCUCAGAGAUGGUUCACAGCCAUCAGCAAACUGCAGAACUGAAUAGUAAGUCUCCCAGCAUGUGCUCAGAGAUGCUUCCAAACCAGACCUUGAAAGGAGAGACACAACGUUUAAAGAGGCAGAGCUCAGCAGAUCGUGCUACAAGUCCUUCGAGCCUGGAGAGGAAGACUCACUUUAGUCGGCGGACCUACAGCAGUCCGACGAGACCGUCGACUCCUCCGUCACCCAGGACCACUGUGUCACCUCAAAGACAACCUUUGCCUUCACCCAUCAAGACUUUACCUUCUCGAGCUCCUCAGUUAGGUUACGGUGUAUCACAGGGGUACAGCUCUGGUUUAAGAACCCCGGUCAAAACUACAAUCAACACAAGCAUCCAUAAACCUCUUCCAGAUCAGGCUCCAACAGAGAGCUCCCCUCCAUCCAAGUGUUUAGUUAAGCCGAAAAGCGUUCGCCCCAAAAUCAUCACGUAUAUUCGGAAGACCCCGCAGGUGAAACCUCAGCCCCUUGACGGAAAUUACGAGGUGUCGCCCUUAUCUACAAACCUCACAACUUAUAGUGGGACUCAAUCCAAACCUAGAACAGGAGAUCAAGGGGAUGCCUCUGUGCUGAGUGCCUCAAACUUGCUCUAUGACAAAUAUCGUCAAGAGAUACAAAAAGUUAGGUUCUUCUCGCCUGGACUAAUGGUGUCUGGGAUUAAACCACCCAGCAGCAGCACCUUGCCCCACAAAAUGACAGCCAGGGCCGAUACCUUCUAUGGAACUGUCAACAAACCCAUCUCUGCAGUGGUCAGCAGAUCUCCUGUCGCGUUUGGGUCUCCGGUGUCUGGAGCUGAGGACACAUCAGGAUCCACUGUACCAUCACAGGAUACAGGCAGUCUUUAUCGUUCUCCACGGGGCCUAAGACCUCAACUUGGCGUUGGCGCUGUAAACAGGACUCCUGCAGCUGCCAAAAAUAGGAUGGUCCUGACAGGUCACCCAAAGUCACCAUUGGCUUUCAGCCAACCAAUGCAGGCUGUCAACCCGACCACUCAAAUCCCUCAGGAACCUCAAGAUCAGAGAAGACCAGUGGCUGCAAAGUCCCUUUUGCCGAAACCAGCUCAAUCUGGCCUGCGUCCUCCUGGUUACUCGCGCCUCCCGCCAGCUCGUCUUGCUGCAUUUGGGUUUGUCCGAAGCUCCAGUGUCUCCUCCGUGUCCAGCAACCACUCGACGGAAAGCACACAAAGUGACCCAUGCCGACCUGCCUACCGUCCCAACAGUGUAAAUGAUGAAGCACCAUUACACCGUGUCAUUACAUCCCCGCCUGCAGAAGGACCCAGAGCCCCCUGUCGAAGCACCCCUCAACCCCCCAACACUCCUGCACUGACACGCCGCUCACUGCUGCCCCCUACACGCAGUUCCCCUGUGGCUUCCCGUAAGGAGUUUCAGAAGACGACUGAUGGCUCUCGUUCAUCUCUCUCAUCCCCUAAGAGAUUGGCUGUAGUCUCUCCGAAACCGCAAUCUCCAGUUCUUCAGAGGCAACAGAGAGCGACAGUAGCCGUCCGAGGUUCGAGCGUGCCGAUUUUGCCUCGAACUGCCUCUCCAGGCCCGGAGAAGAAUAAAGAAGAAGAGCAGAAGAGCGUAAAAGAACAAGAGAAAGAGAAAGUGGAGAGGAAUGAGGAACUGCAGCUUUUGCAGGGCCGCUGUGAAGAUCAGGCAAGGCAGCUCCAAGCUCUUCAGACUGAACUGAAGAAAACUAACAAGAGUCUGGAGGUCUUUGCGAUCUGCACUCAACACUUCUGCCACAAGAGUGAAGAUGCUGAGGAGAAGAAACAACAGUUGUCCUGGGAACUCAGCAGGAUUCAGCAGGAAGUGGCUUUUAACGCGGCUCGCUGGGAGCGUCUUCAGAAGGAGAAGAUAGAUCUGGAGGAGUGUUUCGAGAGGGAGCUCAGAGAGUUGCAGGUCCAGCAGGAGUCUGAACUUGCCACCUUAGAGGAGAACCUAAGAACGCGUCACGCGUCAGACAGGGAUCACCUCAAGGCCGAACAUCAGUCAGAGGUGGAGGAGAUUCGCACCCAGCACCAGGAACAGGUCGAGGAGUUGACUGCCAACCAUGAAGCUGCCCUGGAGGAUCUAAAGACCAUGCAUAACAUCACCAUGGCAACACUGCAAGAGGAGCAUGCCAGGACAAUGAGAGAUUUAAGAAAAGCCCACGAGCAGCAAAAAGCUAGUUUAGAAGAGGAUUUUGAGGAACUGCGCCUCUCCCUUCAGGACCAGGUGGACACGCUGACAUUUCAGAACCGAACCCUGAAGGACAAAGCCAAGCGUUUUGAGGAGGCCUUGAGGAAGAGCACGGAUGAGCAGAUUGUGGAUGCCCUGGCCCCAUAUCAGCAUAUUGAAGAAGACCUGAAGAGUUUGAAGGAGGUUCUGGAGAUGAAGAACCAGCAAAUUCAUGACCAGGAGAAAAAGAUCUGCCAGCUGGAGAAAGUGCAGGCCCAAAAGAACCUGCACCUGGAGGAGAGGGUCCAGGUGCUUCAACAGCAGAAUGAAGACCUGAUGGCCCGCAUCGACCGACACCUUGCGGUGUCAAGACAACUGUCUGAGGAGAACGCUAACCUUCAGGGGUACGUGGAGAAGGAGACCAACGAGAAGAAGCGGCUAAGCCGCAACAACGACGAGCUUCUCUGGCUUCUCCAGACGAGUCCUCACCUAUCGCCCUCAUCUUCCCCGAUUCACAGAGCCUUCUUCCCAGGUCCUGACAUCCCCCCCUACCCUUAUUCUUCAAGCCCUGGUACCCCCACACACUCCGGUUCCCCCGGCCCCUGUACCCCCACUCAUCGGGUGACGUCUCCAGGGACCGGGACAUCCACUCUCAGAGGUUCUCCAGCAGCACGUUCUUCGCCCGCUCGAACCCCAAACGCCAAUAUUUUACCCAGAUAAGCUAAAGUGAUUCAUCAAUGUAUUCGUUUUGGUGCACUGUUGAUGAUCUCCUUUGUUUAAGAGAUGAUUACGGUUCGUAUUUUAUAUAUAUAUAUAUAUUUAUAUAGAUUCCCGUCGACUACCAACUGCCAGACAAAGAAGAAACAACUUUGCUGAUCUCUUUGACUUCAAUCCACAAAAAAAUGUCUCUUCGUCUUUAGAAAUUGAAUUUCGUUAUGAACUCAAAGCAUUGCUUCAGAAUGAAUGAGAGUACUUUAGAUAUAACUGUAUAGCACGUACACGAGAACUCGAAUACUCGAAUACAACAAAAGCACUUUACGUUUCUGCUAAAUAUUCUUCCUACAGAUAAAUGCACCAGCAUUUUGUGGAUUUGGUUUAGCUUUCUAUUCUAAUUCUCCCAAUGUUCCUGUAGUUUAGUCCAGAAUGUUUCAUAUUGUCCAAACAUGCUGCAGUUACUACAACAGGACCAUACAGCUGGCAGCUGUGCGUCACAAUAUCCCAGCUAAGCAAUUCUCUUGCUUGUUUUAAGUGCUGACGUGGUUUUGAUAAAGCCCUGAUGAUGAAAUUGUAAGUUUUUGCUAGACGAAAAUAUCAAGCAUCAAGUCUGUUUGUUUUAUCUACUGUAUGUAACUCAAGCCACUUAUAUUUAUCUAUCAGACAAAAGCAAGUGCUCUCACAUGGUGCAUGACUACCGUAACAGAGAGAUCCAGGACUUGGUAAGGUACCGACUACAGGAAAUGUUGUAAAUUAUUGUCAAAUUUUUAUUUGUUAUUUAUCAUAAUGAACAUUUUGCUACUUAAUGUGCAUGUGAUGUAAGUCUUCCAUUCUUAAUGUGAAAUGUGGGAUAGUUGUCAUGUUAGCGUUGAUACUUGGAGUGAUGGCCUCUAUGUUUGAGGAAAAAAAUUAACCCAUAACUGUAAACAUAACUCUACACCUCACGUUACACCUGUAAGAAAUCUUACCAGGUGUGUUAAGUGUGCGUUACAGGUGAAAAAUGGUUUUACAGAGGUAAAAUAGAGUACACUUCAAAUAAUACUGGGUUGUUUAACACAAUAUGAUGGGUUGUUUUAAUUAAACCUUUUGACCCAGAGCUGGAACCCAGCAUUUUUUAUAGUGUAGACAUAUGUAGGUUUGGAGUAAUUUAAGCUAUCUUUCUAGUAAUGCUGGUUAACCCUUGUAUUACCUCUGUGGAGUGUAGCAUAACCUAGAGAAAGUUUUCUCUCUUUAGAUAAACUAGAAAGGAAUGUAACUGUUUCUUUAAAUGAUGUGUGAUAAAGUUCAGGGAAAUUGUUUUACGCUGUCUCAAAGGCAGUUCUCAUUUUCUUAAUACUGAAAUAUUUGAAAAAGCAGAAAUACACUGUAAAAAGUUUAUUGUCAAAUUAACAGUAACUUACUGGCAACAAUUAUCCAGUAGUUCCUGUAUUUCAAACAACAGUAAAAUUACUGUAGAAAGAAUGACAGUAGUUUAAAGGAUACUGCAAAAUGAAGUACAGUAUUAUACUGUUUUUUGUAAGAUCCAACAUACAGCAUUUUACUGUUAUACUGGAAAUGUUACUGUUAUUUAUUUUACAGUAUAAAAUAUAUACUACUGUAUUUUCCAAUUUUACUGUUAUUUAUUUUACAGUGUAAAAUAUAUACUACUGUAUUUUU